AUGCAAGUUUCAUUGAGGUUACCUAAAAAUGGCUCGAUCAAGGAAACCUGGGUUAAGGUAACUGGCAGGAAAACUGGUUGCCAACAAAAAGUAGGAUCAUAUGCUAGAAGCACUUCACUGAAAGUGAAAUUUCUUAAUAUCGAAACGAGGAUACCACUAUUUAAAAACUUCAAUAAACAUUUCACUGUCACAACAUUGGUUGGGCCUUCGAAGAGACAAAAUGAAUUGGAUAAUUUAGAUUCUCAGCCCAUAAAGAAAGCUCGUACUCAAAAUGAUAAUAACAAUCACGGCAGUAAAGUAAUUAAAGAUAUACCUCAUAAUAUUAAACCAAUUGCAGAAAGUGUAGCAGAAACGAAACUGAAGCACAUGUUUUCGCAAAACGCGGACAGUGAAAUGCUAUAUGAACUGCGUAACCCUAAAAACUCAUCGAAUAGUUAA